CAACUCUCCCUCUCCUCUCUCUCUCUCUCUCCGUGUUCCUGAUCCGUAGAGCCACCGGAGUCGCGGCACGGCCGGUCUUCUCCGCCGCUUCGGUUCGCUUCCUCGCGGCCCCGGCGGUCGGCCCAGGGACUCGGCGUGGACGGCUCUCUCGCUCCUCCCCGAGCCUUCCCUCCUCCCGUGCACGGUCGGCGGCGCGCGUGUUUGGAGAGAUCGACGGGGUUGGGCCUCCAUCUCGUCGAAUCGUAGGCACAGUUGGUUCAAGUUUUGGCUAUUCAGAAGUCUGGAGGGUGAACGCCAUUUUAUUUGCUGAAGUUCCCGAAUAAAAAUGGAGAAUGGGUUGCACGAUGAAGUUCUUAAAGCAGUUUUCCCUCUAUUGGAUGGUAAAGACCUAGUAUUUUGCAUGCUUGUAUGUCGACAAUGGCGAGAAAUAGCAAAGGAUGACUACUUUUGGAAAUGCAUAUGUGCACGGAAGUGGCCUUCCAUUUGCAAGCAACCACCUUCUGAUGCAAACUACCAAAAACUCUAUUUAACCUUCUCCAAACCACAAAAGCCACAGCACCUUCCUGUACCAAAGCUCACGUUCGAGGAUCUUGUGUUUUACAUUGAUAUGUGGCUGGAUGGAUCACUCAUCUUCUCUCGAGCAGUUUCAGGCUGCAUCCUUCGAGCAGGUCUACAGGGUACACCACCUUGUGGCAUUCCGGAUGUUCUUGUAGCACAUUUGACUGCUCCUGAUUGCAUUCUGAUGAUGGAAGUUGAACCCAAGCUAGAAAUAACUAUGGAGCCAGCCAUCACCGUGUCUGUUCUCGCCCAUCGCAAGGAUACUACAAAGAUGGCCUGUGUAAUUAAUAAGGCAACAUUUGAUUACAUUGACAGCAAUGCAGCACGGGCAUUGGCAUAUGAAUAUCUCCGGUUUUCACCCAGACACCCUUUUAUAUCAGACAUUCGGGCAUGGAUGUCUUUGCUUUUCCUGUACAAAGGAACAAACAUCAUCGAGGUAUUUGGUAUUGAAUUAGAUUUUUGUGAUGCAGCAAGGUCAGAUACUGAAAUUCUUUGGCUCUUAGACAUGCUUGAUUGGAAAUAGAAGGUUUUUUUUUUCUUUGUUGUGAUCUGAGGCAUGUAAAGAAAGUUCAUGGUUAUUUGAUGUUAUCCAGAUGGGGGCAUGUGUACUACUAAACUUAUAUACCGUUGGAAAUUUGGAAUAAAUGGUUCACGCCACUCCAUGUAUGCUUGGCAUAUUAGAAUAAGUGUUUAAGAAAAGAAUCCAAGGGAUCAAAAAGUUGAGAGUGAUUUUCUGUUGCUUAGAGUAUAUUGUAAUA